UAGAGAUUCUACUGUAUAUAUAUUAUAAAAUGCAAACUGAAAUAUCAUCUCUCUCCCACUCUGACUUCUCCUCUCCUCUCUUACUUGCUUUGGCAAGUAUCAUAUAUCUUCACCUCUGUUCAUAAAUUUCUCUCUAUAUAUAAUCUGAUUGUGUAGGAUGGGUGGAUAUGCUUGUGAAUAUAGUGAUCGAGAAAAUGCCUCCAUAUGCAAUGAAAAUAAGGCUCUUACUAUUGUAUUAGUGGGGAAAACAGGCAAUGGCAAAAGUGCCACAGGCAAUACCAUUCUUGGUAGAAAGGCCUUCAACUCGAAAACAAGUUCCUCUGGUGUUACAGCCACUUGUGAAUUGCACCACACUCUACGCACAGAUGGCCAACUCAUCAAUGUCAUUGACACUCCUGGACUAUUUGAUUUUUCAGAUGGGAAAUCAUCAAGGGAAAUUGCUAAGUGUAUUGAUUUGGCUAAGGAUGGAAUUCAUGCUGUGGUGUUAGUUUUGUCUGUUAGGAACCGUUUCACAAAGGAAGAGGAGUCUGUUUUUCAUAGUUUGCAAACUCUUUUUGGUACCAAAAUAGUUGAUUACAUGAUUAUUGUAUUUACUGGUGGAGAUGACUUUGAAGACGAUGUGACUUUUGAAUUUGAGCAUUACUUAGGCCGUGAAUGUCCUCAUCCCCUGAAGGUUAUGGUCGGAAGAUGUGAAAAUCGAGUGUUGCUCUUUGAUAAUAAGACUCGUGAUAAAAUAAAGAAGGCUGACCAAGUUGAACAGCUUCUGUCUCUUGUAAACAAUGUGGUGGAGAAAAAUGGUGGUCGUCCAUAUACUAAUGAUUUAUUCUCUGAGCUAAAGUAUUUACAGGAAGGGGCUAUGAAAAUUCAUGAUCGGGAAGAUUUGCUAUUAUUUGAUCAAGAAGGGCCUAUGAAGAAAAUUGUUGAAAUGAUUGAGGCGAGGUUAAAAGAGACAGUUCAAAUUCUUGAAAAACAAUUGGAGAAAGAGAAAAAAGCCAGACAAAAGGCAGGAAAGAGGGCUUUGCAAGAACAAAAGAUAUUAGAAGAGAGAAUUCUCAAUCUUAGAAGGGAUCUCGAGGAAGCAGGCAAUAACAAGUCCAACUGUGUCAUUCUUUGAAGUAUGAACUGUGACCACCUAAACACAAGAUCUUCUACCUUUUCCAUUAAGAUUCUCAACUCUAUUUUUUUUUUUGCAUUUAGAUCCUCAACUCUGUUUUUUGUUUUUGCAUUUAAUUUGUUAUCUUCCAAACAUAUUGCAGUCGUUAUAUUUACAUUUGGUAACUAAAAAUUGUUAUUUGAUAUUUAAAGUUGCUUUAUAAUAUUGUAUAAUUAUUUUUUAUAUUAUUUAUUAAAUUAAAAUAGAUAGGACACGAUAUUAAAAUGCAUCAAUAACACUAUAUCACGUUUUGUGGUAUAACCCUUAACUGGUGUUUGGUUGUGAUGGAAUGGUGAUUGUAAUAUGCUAUUAGUAAUAUAAUGGUACACUACAAAAAACUGUUACUUUUAGUGACAAUUUUUUAAUACAACAUAAUUUUUUUGUAAUUAAAUGUGAUUUUUAGUCAUAAUAAAAUGUUAAUUAAAACAUACUAUUUAGAUACAAGUUGUCACUAAUUUAGUUUUAGUCACAACAAGUAUUGUGACUAAAAAUACAUUUAACCAUAGAUCUUUUAGUCACAAUAUAGGAAUAAUAAUUUGUAAUUACUCACAAUUUUUUCACUUUUAAAGUAAGAAUUUUUUGUAGCGGUAAUUGAUUGCUAUGUCUAGUUUGUUAUUAGAAUGAAUAUUGGAAUAGAUAGUAAUUUGACAAAAUUAUCUUUACUUUAGUAAGAAAAAGUAUAAAAUGAGACUAAGAUCAUUUUAAGUAAUUUGUAACG